AUGGACUUUUGGUCUCGUCUCAUCGGCGGUUCGCGCGCGUUGUCCAAGACCUCUCGGGCCACAUCGCCCACUGAACGACUCACGGCCUUCAAACGCUCCUGCAAUGCCCUCCAGCAAAUCUGGCGCUCCACUAAUACCCCCGCUGCCGAGCAGUCGACCACCCAUGCGCGCACCUACAUCGAACGCCUCAACUCCAUACUCAACGACGAAUCUCGCGGCCCAGCACCGCACCCCUGUGUUGUCUACGCAGCAUCUUCGCAAAUCUUUGUGACGGUCACCAAGCUCGCUUUGUCAUACUAUGAUGAGAACGUGUUGCGAUCCGCCACGUUGUUCUUCAAUACGCUCAUCGAUGCAGAGGUAGAUGGGGUGGUGGACAACCGGCUCUUUGCUCGCGCGCUGGUCGAUCUGGUCCGACGUGCCGAUAAAGCUUCUGAUGAGAUCGAAGGUCGAUUGGUGGAGCUGCUGUUUGGCAUCGCCAAUAACAUCCGCCUGCAGCCUGCCAUCCUACCAGCAUGGUUUGUGCCCCGAGCUACCCUCAUCGGUCAGGACGGCGAAUCAGCAGCCCCAAACGGCACAGAGUUCGCAGGCGCGACGCGCAAGGACGAGUUUCCGCUAUUCUAUCUACUCGUUGAAUACGUUCAUAACGAGGGGCGCGCGGGCGACUUUGCUCGCACGGGACUGCUGUACCUCAUCGAGACCGCAUCGCGCUCGAAGAAUCUGGAGAAAUGGUUGAUUGAAAGCGACUUGGCGACGCUGAUGGCUACUGGCCUUGGUGCAUUGUAUAGUCAAUUGGGCGGCUUGACAUUUACGCCCACCGACGAGAAUGUGCCACGUAUCAUUGCACUUUCUGAUCAUGCAAACGAAGAGACGGCUCUUCAGCCCGCAUUAAGCGAAGCCAUGGAUGCUUUCAUGUCAUAUUUGUUAUUUUGGCAGGACACCAUUGAUCAUUGCAAGUCCGCCGAAGUGAAUGACACCCUCCUGGACCAUUUCCAGGUCCUUUUUCUCGAGCAACUCUUAUACCCUUCUUUGCUGGAAUCGUCGGAUGUGGCCGGUGGCUCUACUGCGGCUGUGUUGACCUACCUCUGCCGAAUCCUGGGCUCGAUUGACCAAGGCGAGCUUGUCCACCGAAUCUUGCAUUUCUUGCUGGCCUCCUCUCCGCCGCCCGAGGAACAGAUGGACAUGUCAGCUAGUCGUCGGAGAUCUCUAAAUGUGCUGGCCGCGUUGGCAUCGGAAGCAGCCCAGCCUUCCCCUUCUCUCUUCAACUUGCGUGACCUAGCGCUACUUGGACUUCAUUCUUCAAACCGGCAAACUGUGCUGGCCACACUGCGUCUGUUGAAUGUUGUUCUACAGCAGCAUCACCCUUUCGCGCGGGCCUUAAUUCAUACCGUCCCCACCGAACCUGCGAGGCAGCGGUCUGUCGGUGCGUUCAAUGCAGAGCUUGAACAUCUCCUUGGACUAGGCACCUCGCUUAUUGUCGAGCCGACUCUAAACGAAUCAUAUGACAACUAUGUUGCAGAUGCGACCUGGGUACUUGAAUCUCGUCUGUGCCUCCCUAUUUCUAUGGAUGAGACCGAGGAAGAAAUCCCCCUUCCGCUGCAGCUUCAGCAGGAUGAUCCUAUCAUUCAGGCACUGCUGGGAUGUGUCAAAAAUUUCUUCACCAACAGUGUGAUUGUCAAUCUUGCCCUGACUGGGGUGCUUAUGAGUCUGGCCUCCUCCCAUCUGUUCUCGCUGGAUGGCUGGGUCCUAGUCGACCCAACUCAGUACGACUCGCCUGCGGAAGGCUCUCUUGAGGAGGCUGCUGAUAUCAGUCGUGCUUAUCAAACACCUACCUGGCCUGCAACAGCGGCCCCUACAUUGACUGCGGCACUGGAACGGCUCGUGAACCAGGCCCGUCAGUGGCAGCGGGACCUACCGGAUUUUGAUGUGCUAGUCGCGGCCAGACGGGAGCUACUCCAUCAGCGAGAUCGUCCACCAACUCCGGAUUGCUCGCGAGACCCAUCCGAGCCUCACCUCCCAGAGUCCGUGGGCCGUUCACGCCCGUCCUACCCAGGGUCGCCCGAACCCUUCGCCCCAGCCUCCCGGGGCCGGUCUCCGCAGCCCAUCAGCCCCCGUCUUGUGGCACCUAGUUCGAGGCGGGGCGAGUCCUCCGUACGUCCCCUUGAAUCACGGGGAUCAUCCGACUCCCGCACCGCAGCAAUGGAAGCCCUCCGCCAGCGCCUCGCCACGCCUAUCUCCACGGGACCUCCGCAACUGCCCACUGGAGAGUCGGAAGACACGACUACCGAGACCGAGGGAGCGGACACUGAACAGCCACCGGUGGUCACCCUAGGCCACGUCCUGACCAACGUGGUGAUUUUGUACGAGUUCCUGCUGGAGCUUUCGGCCGUGGUGCAAGCGCGCGGCAGCCUCUUUGAGGAGGCAGGGUAUUCGUGA